AUGGCUGAUUGGAAUCCACCACCUCACCCUCGUAGACGUAAUGAGCCAGAGCGUUAUGGCAACCUCCAAACCACCAGCACCAGCCGGCCUGGAACCGAUGGGCCACGGUCAAAGAUUGGAUCCAGGGCGGGAUCAACAGCCAGCAGUAAGCAAAGGGCAAAUGAAGGCAAAGAAGUUGGCAAAGUAAAACCAUCAGCGUCAGGACCUUCAAGCUCAGUAGAUGAUCCAAAUAUUCAGCCUAAGAGUGGUCAAACCGGCAGCUCAGCAGCUGAAGACAGCCAUGAACCACCAGCGGAACUCCCAUCUGAGGUCACACCAAGGGCAUUUGGCUCAAUAGUACAACCACAGCUGAGUGAACUCAAGCCAACAGGACUUUCAGGUCUAUUACCAGGCUCAAGUGGACGCAGGCCAAGCGCUGAUUCUUUUGAACAGGGAAGUCAAAGAGGCCUGGAGAAAAAGAUUUAG